CACUCGGUUAAAUGUUCACACUUCACAGGCUCACAGCAGCGUGGAGGACCACUGGGCUUCGGCAUGACUGUUGUGAGGGUUUUUAAGGUUCUGAAGUUCAAAAUUUCGAAUUUCGCUGAUGGAGUCUCUGUUAGCUUUGCCGAAUCCCGCUGAACUCCCGCCAUAUCUGUCGCGGUUUUUGGAUGAGAAUCUUAAGACUCGCGAAGAUCUUUUCAGGGCUCCUGCUCUGGCGAAAGAAUUGAAGAAAAAUUGCAUUGACUUGGACAAAAAUCUCAUAAAACUUCAGACUAAUAUUUCUUCGCUUAUUACCUCAUGGACUGCUCGUUCAGAUGGCGCAAAGAACGUCUUUCAUCAACUGAAUCACAAACUUCGUAAUCUUUUCCUCUAUCCAUCUCAAGAUGAAACGGGGAGGGUAGAUCUGAAGAACAUUCGAAAGAUUUUAGGUGAGGAGCUGCCGUUGCUUGCAAAGGAAGUGCGCCGAAUUGAGAUGGUUCGCAUUUAUGCUGAGACCACCCUACAGUUGGAAGCUCUUGUAGGAGAUCUGGAAGAUGCUGCUUUUUGUGUGAUGAGCCGCAACAAAGAUCUUUUCUCUGUAAAUCUCUCAAAUGGAAGACAUCGAACUGAUUUUGGACAAAAGCAAGAUGAUCUGCUUCUUUCUGUAAAAGCAAUGAAUGACAUUGAAGACAUAUUGAUUGAUGUUGCAAAAUGUCGGCCACAAUGGAUUCAUCUUCCAAAGGCUGUUGAUGCUAGAGUGGACAAGACUCUUGCUGUUAUAAGGCUCCAAGCUCUUGCAGAUCACCGAAUUCUUCUUUCUUCUCUUGGAUGGCCACCACCUCUUUUAGCAUCGGAAUUGGAAAGUGACAAAAGUUUAGGCCUUCCUAACCCACUAGUGCUGAUGAAAGAGGAUAAGAAAGAUAAGUAUUGUAAGAGCUUUCUCUCUCUCUGUUCUUUGCAACAUCUGCAGACCCGAAGAGAAAAACGGCAACUUGGUUUUGGACAUGAAAAAGAUCAUAGUCCAAGUUUAUGGACCAUUGAUGAACUUAUUUCUCCUAUUUCAUCGAGAAUCAUGCACCACUUCUCUGAAUGGUCUGAACAACCAAAGUUUAUAUUUGCUCUUGUAUAUAAAAUAACUCGGGAUUUUGUUGGAGGAGUGGAUGAUGUUUUGCAGCCUUUGAUUGAUAAAGCAAGGUUGGUAGGUUAUAGUGCUAGGGAAGCUUGGGUAUCAGCAAUGGUGAAAAUGCUUUCAGGGUAUCUUUCAAAAAGAAUUUUCACUGUUCUAGCUAAUAAAUACAAGGAUAGAAACAUGAAAUCAGAGGUUGUUUCUUCAUGGCUCCAUCUGGUUGACCUUAUUAUUGCUUUUGAUAAACGGAUGCAAGCACUUACAAAUUUGGGAACUUCUUACCUUGUGGGAGACUCUGCAGGGCUUCCAGAUAGAGGGGUGUCUAUGUUAUCAAUAUUCUGUGAUCAGCCUGAUUGGCUCAAAAUUUGGGCCAGGAUGGAAUUCAAGGAUGCCAGGAAGAAACUGAAAGCAGAGAUGGAAAAUGAGAGGGCUUGGGUGAUUGACAGUAAAAAAGAAUCUGAGCUUAAUACUGAGCAAGAAGUGGAACCAUUUCAUCUCUCUACUAGAGAAGACUACAGAGCCCCAUUCGUUGCAGAGGCUGUUGUUAAACUCACAUGGGCAGUAAUAGAAAGGUGCCAAACUUUACCAAGCAUUAAUCUCAAAGCAAAAUUUAUCAGAUCUUCAGCUUGUAGGAUUUUGUGGUACUUCAUUGAUAUGUUGUGUCAGCAUUGCAAGGAAGCAGAAGUCAUAUCCUGUGGUGCAGAAAAUGAUGCCUUGAUGAGAGUAUGUGGAUCUAUUAAUGCUGCAAGAUACUGUGAAUCCGUUCUGCAGGAAUGGAAUGAUGAUGUGAACUUCUUGGAGAUGAGAAUUGCUGAAGAUGAUUCAGAAAACGGGGUAAGAAAUAUCCCGGAUGACCGUAUUUGCUUUUUUGGAGAACAAAUAGAGUGCUUGAUUGAUCUAGGGACCGACUGGCUCAUGGAUUUAAUAACUGAUCUUCUGAAUCAUUUCAACACUCUUUCCUUGGAAUAUGUCCAAAACAAGGAACAGUGGAGUCUAGAACUAGAAGAGUUUGGUCAGAAUAGAGUUUUGGGGACUGGGGAUUUAACAAUAUCCACCAAUUUUGCCGAAGCUUUAGAUGCUUUGAGAAACAAAUUCCGUGUUCUGAAGGUGGGCCUCAAUACCAAAGAUUUCUUGGAUUUAUGGAGAAGUGUUGCUGGUGGGCUUGACCAUUUUAUUUUUUACGGUAUUCUCAUGAAUGAUGCGAGAUUCUCCAAAAGGGGGGCUGAUCAAUUUGAAGCUGACAUGCGUGGAUUGUUCCUUGUUUUCAAGCUUCUAUGCCUUCGCCCUGAAGCGUUUUUUCCUCGUAUCCAAGAUUCUCUCAAAUUGUUGGAAAUGGAUGAACAUGAUAUGAAGCAUUUCCAUACUAUUUUAUUAAAGGAAAAGAAAAGUGAAUGCAUGCGUCUCAAUGGAAUUGUACACAUCUCCCUAGGUGAAGCUGAGAAGAUUUUGAGGAAUAGGAAGUUUUGAGUGUGAAACCUCCAGCACCAGGGAGAUAGAGAGGUCUGCUAUUUUCUUUGGAAAAUUGAAACUGUUGUAUAUUAGUUCUAAGAUGUACAGCGUUUAGAAUCUUGUACAAGGGAGGUGAUGCUUAUUUCCAUGGAUGGUAACAUGGUUCAUGAGCAAGGCUCAAAUAUCAGUAUUAGGAAGCGUACCCCCCAAGGAAAGAAAUAGACGUGUAUUACAAUAUGUUGGAUGCGUAUGUUUAAAUUUUGUAUUUUAUUUCCAUCAUUAAUAUAAAUACUCUUAUUUAUUA